AUGAGGGCAGCCCAAGCGUUGGCUGCUGGGAUUGUCCUCUUGGUGGCGGCGGCCGACUGCUUCCCAUUUGCUCCGCGGCGUGCGGAAGGUGAGAAUCUGUCAAGAAAGGACCUGCCAGCGAGGCGCCUUGAACAGACUGCAUUCAUUGCAGGAGGGGAAAUUUCGCCAUGCGGCCGCUUUCCAUACAUGGUGUCGUUGCGGGACAGAUUUGGUAUCCACAGGUGCGGUGGCGUGCUCGUGCACCAAAAAUGGGUAUUAACGGCGGCCCAUUGCAUUGACCCCAACUCUAUCGUUUCUGCUGGAGCAACUCCCAUCAUUGCCAUAGGAGCAUGCAACCUGGACGACACGUCAAACGAGAAUGGCAAAGUUGAGCUUCGGACAUCCCGGAAAACGUUCCUCCAUCCUGGAUACACAAGUGGCUCCGUUGAGAGUGGGUCAGACAUCGCGCUGCUGAAGCUGAACAAAAAGUCCAAACACCCACCGGUGCUCCUUCCGACGGAGAUCGACACCACCGUGAAUGGAGCACAGCAGCUGGUGGCGCUUGGGUGGGGGCAGCAGGAGCCCGGGAGCUCAGACACUCCGAAGGAACUGCAAAUGGCGACGGCGCUGGUAAUUAUCGAAAAUAAAUUUUGCAACUCGGACGCGGGGUGGGACGGCCUGAUACAGGAUUCGAUGGUGUGCGCCUCCGGCUUGGGGAAUGGCCAGGACGUCUGUUCAGGCGACAGCGGCGGUCCCCUCUUAGAGACGUACGCCCCUGGAGGUAACAUCGCAGCUGGGAGUCCCGAGUUCGACAAGGUGUUGGGCAUCGUGUCAUUUGGAGAGACGGACAGAUGUGGUGACGCAUUGAGGCCCAGCGUAUUCACAAGAGUUGCAAGCUUCCGUAUUUGGAUCGACGAGACUAUGUCGGGCAAGAAAGCGCCUGCAGCCCCCUUGCCCCCAACUUCCCCACCCUCUCCGGUUCUCCCCUCUCGUGCCUCUCCCUCGCCGGAGCCUAUCCCUCCAGCAUCACCGCCGCCAUUGCCACCACCACCCCUUCCUCCACCGCCGCCACCGCCUCCGCCACCUCCUCCAUCUCCUCCCCCUCGCCUUCCCCCACCUCCACCUCUGCCUCCACCUCCACCGCCUCCACCUCCGCCGCUUCCACCUCCGCCGCUUCCACCUCCGCCGCCUCCACCUCCGCCGCCUCCACCUCCGCCACCUCCACCUCCACCUCCACGACGAAGCCAAGGGCAGCUCGAUGCGGACUUGAUGAGGGAGGCCAGGAGAAAUGUGACCUCCUCGACGAACACGACUGUCCACGACCUGCUUGCCGAGGGAGCGGAUCCUAACGCAUGCUGCCUCCCCACCGAACCGCAGCAGGGAUGCCCCGUCCUCCACGCUACAGCACACACACCCAACGCCAUCGUCGCGCUGGCCAUCCUAAAAGCUGGUGCCAAUCCACGCGCAACCUGCAGAGAUGGAUGGACGCCGCUGCACAUUGCAGCAGGAGCCAAUUCUGUCGAUGUUGGGCGGCUCAUUAUCGAAUUUGGAGGGAGCGUUAAGGCAAGGAACGAUUUCCAGGAGACGCCGCUGCAUUGGGCGGCAGAUCGCGGCAACGUGGCGGCAUCGCGAUUGCUCAUUGACGAGGGCGCCGACAUCGAUUCCCAGAAGGAGGACGGAUUUACGGCCUUGCACUUUGCCGCGUUCAGGGGAUUUGUGCCACUGACUGAACUGCUGUUGGCAAAUGGUGCAGACAAAUGGGUCAGGAACGACAACGGGCAGGCCCCCGGAGACGUUAUUUGCGGAGACGCCCUUGGUUGUUCCGCCUCCACGAAGAGAGCUCUGGAAGAUCUUCUGUUUUGA